AUGGACACUGGCCGGCCCCGGCCCCCGCGCCCCGACACCACCGCCGCCCGGACGCUUCUGCUCGGCUGGGUCCUAGCCCAGGUGGCCCGCGCUGCAGGCUCUCCAGAUAAAGCGUACAAUUUAACUUGGAAAUCAACUAACUUCAAGACUAUUUUGGAGUGGGAACCCAAGUCCAUCAAUCGUGUCUACACAGUUCAGAUAAGCUCUGGACCAGGAGACUGGAAAAACAAGUGCUUCCUCACGUCAGAGACGGAGUGUGACCUCACCGAUGACAUCAUGCAGGAUGUGCACCAAACCUACACGGCCAGGGUCCUGUCCCUCCCGCCAACGAGCCUCCCUUCUGAUAAUGGCGGGGAGCAUCUCUUUACAAACUCCCCAGCUUUCACCCCCUACCUGGACACAAAACUCGGACAGCCGACAGUUGAGAGUUUUGAACAAGUGGGGACGAAGCUGAACGUGACCGUGCAAGACUCGAGAACACUGGUCAGGAGGAAUGGGACAUUCCUCACCAUCCGGGACGUUUUUGGCGACGACUUAGGUUACACACUUUAUUACUGGAAGGCCUCAAGUACGGGAAAGAAAACCGCCAAGACAGACACUAACAAGUUUUUGAUUGAUGUGGAUGAAGGGAAAAACUACUGCUUCACUGUUCAAGCCGUGAUUCUGUCCCGAAGAAGCAACCAGAAGAGUCCGGAAAGCGUCUUUGAGUGCACAAGCCAACAGAAGAGCGCACUGAGAGAAACGGUCAUCGUGGGAGCGGCAGUGUUGGUGGUCGUCAUCUUCAUCGUCAUCCUGACCCUCUUUCUGUACAAGUGCCGGAAGGCCAGAGUGGGGCAGGGUGGAAAGGACUGCUCCCCGCUGAACGUGGCAUAGGGAGCAGGGUCCUUCUGCUGACCACGCUGCAUGCUGCACUGAAGCCCGGAAUGUUUUGAGAGGACGAAAUGCACGAAACACGAGGACUCUGGAGCCGGGGCGAGGCCUGGAGUUCAAAUCCUCCUGCAGUGUACGAGCUGCCAUUGCACUUAGCGUU